AUGUCUUCCUUCGCUACUAACGACGACGCUGCUGGUCGGCCUUCGAUUCUGACAAACAUGACAUCGGGCAUUGAGCUAGAGGUUCUGGCUUAUGCGCCUCAAGGUGUCGACCCGAGACGCCACCUCACGAAUGCUCUGAGGAAGCCUUUUCUCCUGGAAUGCAAACGUUGCAACAAGUCUCAUGCUUGGAAGCUACCUNUUGUUGGCAACCUCGACCGCAAGAACUUUGCCCAAGGAUAUUCUUAUGCAGGCCCCGGGUCUCAAGUGUUUCUCGGAGACCUUCGCUUGCAAGUCGAGGCAAUGGCCUUGACUAUGGAAGACAAUUCUCAAGACAGUCACGCCCUUAUAACUCAACUCCUGCUGCAAUUCAAUGUUCCAGCCUGGCUCAAUAGAAUCUCUGGGUAUGACAAGAUACAAGACUUCUUGCGCGACCAUCCCAAAUGGAACGGAAGAGAGCAUGCAACCGCACGUUACCUGGCAGUCAAUCUAGAACACCUCUGGUCAAGCAGCGGAAAGAACAUGGUGGAAGUCAGGAUUAAUUCAAGUUCUGUGGAUCCCUCUGAGGUCUUCGCUUCCUAUGACUUUCUGGAAAAGCUCAUGUUAUGGCUCUCGACUCCUGGCAUUGAUCACGAUGCUAUCAUUCUCGACAUCUGGAAAGAUCCCGAGAGCACAAUUCUUGAUCAAAUCAAGCAAAUUGGCGCUUUGCAAUUCACCGUCGACUAUUACACCGACCGCUUGACUCCUGACUGGGCCGUUCGUCGCUUCUCCCGCCGAACUUCCAAUCUCGAUCGCAACGAUGCGUUCAAAGCAUUUAAGCAUGCUAUCGAGCACAAUCGCUACAAGGACUCUCGUCGUGAAGCCAUUGACGCUGAAAUCUUGCAAAAGCUUGAAGGUGGUCAUUACGGACAACUCCCCGACACCCUCUUCAAGACUCUGCCCACAGAAGUCCAAAAUCACCCCGACAGCCACACUCUCAAUAUGGGAGGUUGCGACUAUUUCCGAUGGACUGACAAAGCAAUAGCUCAUGCAAAGGCCAAUGACCCUCGUCUAUGGUCUAAUAGGUCAAAAAGAAGCAACUUUUCCGACGAGAAGUCUUCCGAGAAGAAGUCUCCUAACGAGAAGCCUUCUGAAUUUGGCUAA